ACAGGCAUCAAGGUCGGGUUCGAACCCACGACCUCCUGGAUUCCACUUGGGGCAGAUUAUUUGGCAGCUAUGAAUGUCCACAUGGUCGCAUCAUAAAAAGAGCUAUUUACCUAGGUGAGCAUUACCUGGUAAAAAAAUAAUAUGAAGUUUAUUUUUAGUUUAUUUCAAACAUGCCAAGUGAAAUUGAAUAUCUCAAGAAUAUUACCGUCGGGACAUUUACGAAUAGGUUAUUGAAUAAAAUAAAUAAAUCAGAUUCAAAUCUACAUUUUAAGAUAAAGUUUAUUGUGUUUAACGAGGUGGAUAUUCAGGACACCGGAAAGUCAUCUCACGCGCAAGAGCUUGGCCUAGAGUCUGCCAGGAGGGGGCGAUGGCUGCUGAUACGGGCAGUCCACGACUCACGAACGGGGUUACGUUAGGAAGUCGGCAGGUUCGUAAGUUGCAACACAAUAAUGUAACGGAUUUAAAUGUCCAUGCGGUCAGUGGUAAGAAAUGCGUUUUGGUUAAACACAAAGGGAAGCAUUGUUAAACUCAUAAAUAAGAAAUGUAGUACAUCUGCAUGUAACACUGUGAUAAACUCAUAAUUAAUAAAUGUAGUACAUUUGCAUGUAACACUGUGAUAAAAUACUGUCGAUGUAUAAUUAAAGACCUUCAGGAAAAAACCUUAAAAUCCGUAAUUUUUCCAUUUUAAGGUCCCCAAAUCUCGAUUUGCGACGAUCUGUGGUCCCAUCGACGUGAUAAUGAGCGCUUUAUUUUCUGGCAGCGCAAGCGCACAGCACCUCGCGGUCGUAGGCGUCAGGUUCAGACCACACGUGGAAAACACGUCGAAGAGGGAACCGCAAAAGACGAACACCCAAGCGAAAAACUUUCCGCUCAACGCCAAGAUGGGGAAGUUGGAAGGCCGAAUUUUGGCAUAAAACGGCACACGAGGAAGUGAGGGUUGAGCAGUUGGAGAAGAGGCUGUCGAGAGCGGUCUCCCUGGGCAUGGCCGGGUCGUGCUGUUGGUCACGUGCCGCCUGUCUCGUCGCUCUGUGGGCUGCUGUCGUGAGCAAUGCCGACCCAAAAUACGUAGAUGAUGCCAAAGCGAUGUAUCAUCAAACUAUCCUGCUGCCCUGUCGGACAGAAUGCCAUGGACCUGUUAUCGUUGAUCGAUGGAAUAUAGACAUUAAUGGUGUAUUUGAAGACUUUGGACAUUUUAAUGAAAAAAACACUGGCAAGACCAAAUACAUUGACAACAAAAACGCUUCCCUGACCAUUCAAAAUCCUGAGUGGGAAGGAAAGAGAUGGUACAGAUGUGAAUGGUCAUGUAAAAAUCAAGACUCUCAUAACAUGUAUUCUGAUAUAUCUAUUCUCCUAAUCAAAGAUGUUAAGACGAACAACAAUAUCGGUGCUAAAGUUGGUGAAAAGAUCUCGAUUCCCUGCCGAGGCAAAUCUGAAAGCAGAAUCAUUGGAAGCGUUGAAUGGCACUUUGCUCUACCAAGACAACCAUACUACUCCGUCAACACCGUCAGUGGAAGAAAACACUCCAUCGAUGAUAACAAAUCACUUCUCAUUCACAAUCUCCAGAAGAAAGAUGCAGGAUUUUACCUGUGUGAGCUGAAGAAUGUCAAGGAUUUCUACGAGACGAAAGUCAACAUAAUCCGAGAUCGUCCACCCGCCGCCACAACGUCAACUCUCGCUUCCCCCACGACUACAGCAAACGCAGGACCAUCUGGGGUGAACCUCACCCCGGUGUACAUCGCCGUGUCGGUGGUCGUGUGCACAGCGAUCGCGUGCGGGGCUGUCUGCUUCGCCCGGAAGCAAUGGAAGAUCAGGAGGAGCAAAAAUCAGCGCUCGAACACAAACGGCGCGGACCGCGCCAGGAGUUCGGCGGACGUCCCUCCGAUUGUUUACGACACUGUCGGGGCGGCGCAACCGGAAGCUGCGCUGACAUGCGCAGACGUCACAAUCAAUGAUGCCACAAGAGACGACAGUGGCUCAUUCGCCACCCAACGUCCACUACGCCGAGGUUGCCAUAUAUUGAAAACGGAGCUGGGGGGAGAUGGUUGGUGGUGGGCAUGGCCACGUCUGUCCACCCACCACGCUCCGUCUUUCCGCGUUCACGAGUUUUCUCCACCACUCCAAAUUAACUCGUGCCACGCCGCACGAGCGCGCCCGAUGAUUGUUAAACAUGUGCCCACGUGACGGGCUAAGAAAUUAUCGUUGCGAGUAAUUGUAAAAAAAUAACGAGACUUCUAAAGAUGAUGAGGUUAAGAAAACCAUCACCUCGAUCACCCACUUAUCAAUCACACACGAUCAUUCGCGAUGUUGUCCAUAUCCUUGAACAAAACCCAUCCUUCACCGUAUAAAACACCACAGAAAUAACAAAAUGAUGGCUUAACUGUCGCACGCUGUGCAACGGGUGCUCUGAAUGUACAUGUAUAGCCCAUCGGUCAAUUCACUGCUCGAUGAGGGUCUCCUCACACUGGGCAGGCAGUGGGCAUGCUUGCCGCUGGUCAUUGCGGGUUGGUGAAGGUGAGCGCACGAGAGAUUUCGAAAACAUGUUUUAGUGGCCCCUUGACUGCCCACAACCCACCAAUGGCAUCGGUUUCAUGCGUGGUCACCCAAAUCCAAGCUAUUUCCCAGCUCAAAACUCUUGCCGAGCUUACAAAUGUUAUGGGAAUGCCUGGUGAUGUCUUUACAUGAACACUGCACAAAGGGUCCAUUUACUUACAAGGCAAUUUACAAUAUUAUCUGGGUGCUCAAUAAUAUUUUCAAUAUUAAUUUACAAUAUCAUCAAUAAAAUUCUGCAAAUGGGAGUUUACGCAGAACUUUGCGGUGCAUUGUGGCUUGCUUCCUUCACUUUAACAGUUGUGUCUGCGAAUGAAUGUCCAGGCACACACACCGCACAGGUUCACAACACAAAUGUUGAAUGUUUAUUUUUGAGUAGUUAACGUGACAACGCGCUGCAUAGUGGCUUCUACGAUCCAUGCUUGAGCGAGUGGAAAUGUUUAUUUCAUAAAAGCAUGCCGAUGUUACAGAAACAUACAAAAAAAUCUGAUUUGACUUCCAUCACACUCAUUGUACUUUCCGGCUAUAUAUUUUAGUGUUAUGUCUACUCGUUACGUGUUUUUUAGGAUGCUUAGCAUAAAGGCCUUUCGUUUUGGCAGCUUGACGCAAUAUGAAAUGUAUACAACCGACGCGAUGCAUAUUAAGCACAGCCAUUCUUGUAUUCGUCAACUCUUCGAUUAUUUGGGGUAAUUGGGGAAGAGGCCCCACCCAAAACAUGGAUAAUGCAAAAUGCAUAUGGAAAGUAGGUCAUAAAACACAAUUAUACCUACGUUGAAUGGGAUGAAGGUGCAGUGUGUCGCGUGUUUAUUGCUUCUUAAAGUAACCUGUUUACUUUGCUAACAUGUUUGUGGUCACCGAAUUAGUCGCAAUGAGCGAGGAGCCGGUAAUGUCCACGAGCCCGCGCGCAAAGUUAUUCCAUUUUUUUCUUCCCGCAAGCAAGGUCAAAUCACAAUCUCGAUAAUCAACCCACGGAUAAUCGGGAGUUAACCGUAUUGUAAUUGUGUUUCAAUGAUAAGAAACUACGUGAACACAACGGGUACAAAUAAACACUGUCCCUCAUAAAA